AUGUAUGCCCAAGCAGGAAAUGGCAAAUAUGUUCCCCGGACAAUCUACUGCGAUCUCGAGCCCAACGUCGUCGAUGAGGUCCGCACUGGUGCCUACCGUGGCCUCUUCCAUCCCGAGCACAUGAUUACCGGAAAGGAGGACGCCUCCAACAACUAUGCCCGCGGUCACUACACUGUCGGCAAGGAGCUUAUUGAUCAGGUGCUCGACAAGGUCCGCCGCGUGGCCGAUAACUGCAGUGGUCUUCAGGGUUUCCUCGUUUUCCACUCCUUCGGUGGUGGUACCGGUUCCGGUUUCGGUGCUCUGUUGAUGGAGCGCCUCUCGGUUGACUAUGGCAAGAAGUCAAAGCUCGAGUUCUGCGUCUAUCCUGCCCCCCAGACCGCUACCUCUGUUGUUGAGCCCUACAACUCUAUUCUCACCACCCACACUACCCUUGAGCACGCCGACUGCUCCUUCAUGGUCGACAACGAGGCCAUCUACGAUAUCUGCCGUCGCAACCUUGGUCUCGAGCGCCCCAACUAUGAGAACCUGAACCGUCUCAUUGCUCAGGUCGUUUCUUCCAUUACCGCCUCGCUCCGUUUCGAUGGCUCCCUGAACGUCGAUCUCAACGAGUUCCAGACCAACUUGGUCCCCUACCCCCGCAUCCACUUCCCUCUGGUUGCUUAUGCCCCCGUCAUCUCGGCCGCCAAGGCUGCCCACGAGGCCAACAGCGUCCAGGAGAUGACCAUGUCUUGCUUCGAGCCCAAUAACCAGAUGGUCAAGUGUGACCCCCGCAAUGGCAAGUACAUGGCUACCUGCUUGUUGUACCGCGGUGACGUCGUCCCCAACGACGCCCACGCUGCCGUUGCCACCCUCAAGACCAAGCGCACCAUCCAGUUCGUCGACUGGUGCCCUACCGGUUUCAAGCUUGGUAUCUGCUACCAGCCCCCCCACCAGGUGCCCAACGGCGAUCUGGCCAAGGUUAACCGUGCUGUCUGCAUGCUUUCCAACACCACCGCCAUUGCCGAGGCCUGGUCCGCUCUCUCUCACAAGUUCGAUCUCAUGUACUCCAAGCGCGCCUUCGUCCACUGGUAUGUUGGUGAGGGUAUGGAGGAGGGUGAGUUCUCGGAGGCUCGCGAGGAUCUUGCUGCUCUUGAGCGCGAUUACGAGGAGGUUGCUGCCGAUUCGAUGGAGGGUGAGGAUGUCGAGGCCGAGUACUAA